CAAAAAUUGUUUAUAUUGUAAUAAACCCUUUACUGAAGAAUUAUGGUGUAAAGAAUGUAUUAAUUCUUUAGAAAAAUCAGCAGAAAAUGGUAAUAAAGUAGUGAUGUUUAAUUUAGCCAAAAGGUAUUACAAUGGGGAAGGAACAGAAAAGAAUUUAGAAAAAGCCUUCUAUUGGUAUCAAAAAGCAGCAGAAAAUGGUGGAGAAGGAACAGAAAAGAAUUUAGAAAAAGCCUUUAAUUGGUAUCAAAAAGCAGCAGAAAAUGGUUUCACUAAAGCAAUGCAUAAUUUAGCAAGUAGAUAUUAUAGUGGAGAAGGAACAGAAAAGAAUUUAGAAAAAGCCUUUUAUUGGUAUCAAAAAGCAGCAGAA